ACUAAUAACAGCAUCAUGUUUUCAGUCUCAGGAGAGUAGUUUCAUGCUCGGGCCCUAAGAAUCAUUGCAUGAGAAAUAAAACACUUACAUGAGGCAGAAUUUGUUGUUAUUAAUAUCGACAGAUAUCAUCAGACGUCUGACAGAUCUGUGAUGGACUGAAUAAGAAUAUAAAACCAUAACAAUGUAAAGUUUGAGAAAAUCAGCUUCAAGGUUUUUUCUCAGUUUACUUUUUGAAAUGAUCUGAAACCCAUUAGAUCAUUUUCAGAGUCAUUUAAUUUAAAUAUCCAAAACAUAUCAGUGCUUUUUAUUGAUCUUAUUUAUUGUUGUUGGCUCUCUUGUUUAUUUGUAUUUCACUUUGAUUCACUGUUUUUAUCUUUGAGCAGCUUUUGUUUAAUAUAUAGCUGAUGUCAUGUUACUGUGAGGUUUUAUUAGUGGUGCUACAGUUGUGUUGGUACCAGUGUUGUCAUGUUUUUCAUGUCUCUUUAAAAACCAGUAGAAUAACAAUGGAGAUGAGUUUGGUUUCUUGUGUAUUUUUUCCAUUUGAGAUGCAGACAGCUGACAGAGCUUCAUCACAUCAUCAUCAUCUUCUCUUUGUGCUCUUCCCAUGAAAGUUAUGUUGACAUGAUGAUGUGAUCUCAAAGCAGCGCGACGGAUCGUAUUCAUCAUAUUUAUCAUCUGUUCCUUUAAUAAGCUCCACCUCUUACAGGAUAUCAUGUGACACAAAACAGGAAACAGGUUCUUACUGUUCAGCUUCACUGGAAGGAGACAGACAGACGCUUCACUCGGAGACAAAAUGGCUUCCAGAUCAGAGGAGGAUUUCUGCUGUCCGGUCUGUCAGGACGUCUUUAGAGAUCCUGUUCUUCUGUCAUGUAGCCACAGCUUCUGUAAAGACUGUCUGAAGAGCUGGUGGAGACAGAAACAAACACGUGAGUGUCCAGUUUGUAAGAGAAGAUCUUCAAAGGAACUACCACCUUGUAACCUGGUGUUAAAGAACCUGUGUGAGUCCUUCUUACAGGACAGAGAUCAGAGAGCUUCAGAGGCUCUCUGCAGUCUGCACUCUGAGAAACUCAAACUCUUCUGUCUGGACCAUCAGCAGCCAGUGUGUCUCAUCUGCAGAGAUUCAGAAAAACACACCAACCACAGAUUCAGACCUGUCGAUGAAGCUGCACGACAACACAAGAAGAAACUUGAGGAAACUCUGGAACCUUUAAAGAAGAAGUUAAAGGUUUGUGAAGAAGUUAAAGUGAAGUUUGAUGAAACAGCAGAACACAUUAAGGUCCAGGCCCGACACACAGAGAGGCAGAUUAAGGAGCAGUUUAAGAAGCUUCACCAGUUUCUAGAAGAGGAAGAGGAGGCCAGGAUGGCUGCUCUGAGGGAGGAAGAGGAGCAGAAGAGUCAGAUGAUGAAGGAGAAGAUGGAGGCUCUGAGCAGAGAGAUAGCAGCUCUUUCACACACAGUCAGAGCCACAGAGGAGGAGCUGAGAGCUGAAGACGUCUCAUUCCUGCACAACUACAAGGCUGCAGUGGAAAGAGUCCAGCGCUGCCCCCUGCUGGAUGAUCCACAGCUGCUCUCAGGAGCUCUGAUAGACCAGGCCAAACACCUGGGCAACCUGACCUUCAACAUCUGGAACAACAUGAAGGAGAUGGUCUCCUACACUCCUGUCAUUCUGGAUCCAAACACUGUUUAUCCAAAACUCAUCCUGUCUGAUGAUCUGACCAGUGUGAGAUAUGGAGAGAAACAGCAGCUUCCUGAUAAUCCAGAGAGGUUUGACUUCUACUCUGUUCUGGGCUCUGAGGGCUUUAACUCAGGGACUCACAGCUGGGAUGUCGAGGUUGCAAAAAAUAGAAACUGGAAACUGGGUGUGUUCUCAGAGUCUGCCCAGAGGAAGGGAUACACACAGUCUGGAUUAUGGGGAAUAUGGUUCUGUGAAGGUAAAUACUCAGCAUUGUCACCAUCAGCUCCCUCCACUGAUCUCCCAGUGAAGAAGAAGCUCCAGAGGAUCAGAGUGAAUCUGGACUGGAACAGAGGAAAUCUGUCGUUCUCUGAUCCUGAUACUAACACACACAUACACACCUUCACACACACUUUCACUGACACACUGUUUCCAUUCAUUUUCACUGGGAAUAAACUCCCACUGAAGAUUUCCCCACUGAAGGUCUCUGUGACAGUGGAACAGAGCAGUUAGAGACGAUGAUGAUGAUGAUGAUGAUGGUUCUUAUAAUUACUGUCAUUUAUUUCUUAAAGGGAAAAGUGGCUGAAUUUAACCUCUGAAGCUUCUGUCCUGCUGCUGUCUCAUUAUUCCAAAAUAUGUUCAUGUUGUUUUAAUUGUUUUAUUUUCUGAUCUUUAUAGUUUGUGUCUUCAGCCUUAUUUUUAGUUUUUUAUUGAUACUGUAUCAUUUUCAAUAGUUGUUAAUGUUUUCUGAUGUCGAUGUGGAUCCAUGAAGACCAGCAGCCAAGAAUCAAUGACUGUAUGUUAAACUGUAUUUGAGAUUAAACUUUACAAACAUUAAAUCAGUUCAUGUUUAAUUACAUCACGAAAUGUUUUAAUAUUUAAAAUAUAUUGUUUAUAAGAAUCUGUAUGAAAUAAUCAAGAUAUUUAUAUAACUGUCCAUAAAAUAAUUCUGUCAGAGGAGUUUUAUUUAAGGUGGACAUGUGAGUUUUAUUUAAGGUGGACGUGUGAGUUUUAAGGUGGACGUGUGUGUUUUAAGGUGGACGUGUCAGUUUUAAGGUGGACGUGUCAGUUUUAAGGUGGACGUGGCAGUUUUAAGGUGGACGUGUGAGUUUUAAGGUGGACGUGUCAGUUUUAAGGUGGAAGUGUGAGUUUUAAGGUGGAAGUGUGAGUUUGGGUUCAUGCAGUUUUCUCUGCUGAUUCAGCUGAAGAUCUGCAGGACUUUUUUCAGCCGUGAGUCGUGUCUGCAGUCGUCCUCACAGCUCCAACAACCUCCAGCGAGAGGAGAGGCAGCCUGACAGGCGAAACCCAGGGCAGAGACCGUCUAUAAAUAGUAGUGCACAGUGAUUACACACAUAUGAUUACAGUAAAAUAAAGACAGAGGACGUUACCUCAGUAUGAUCGAUGGUAUCUAAACCACUCUCGGUAUUGUCCCACAGGUAAUCAAUAACAGCUGUUACAGGUUCUAUAUGUAGGAAUCAGAAAUUCCUUCUCAUUAGUGACGUCUGUUGUCGUUAAAUGAGCUGCAGUCAACAUCCUGGUGAUCGCCUUCAUGUGCUUGCAGACGUGCUGUGGCCUCUGACCGGUGAGAGCCAAUCAGCAUCGCCCAACACGUAUAAAUAUGCGUUAAUCAGCCACCUGAACCCGACCCGACCCGCAAACCGCCAACUUUGCUUUUACCAGCUGUGUUUGCUAAAAUCCGGUAGGCUCAGUGAGUUUAUUACGACUUCUGGACUAAGAGGAAAAACAAACAUACAAACAACAUUUAGCUUUGUGUGUUCGGGAGGGGACGACUUGUCAUUGCGGGGGUGUUUGUUGUGAAAUGUGCAGCGGUUGAUGGAGGCAGAGCUGAAAUCAGUCGACAGGCUGUCACACACAACCGAGAAAAUCGGUGAAAGUCUCAUUUUUUACAUUACAUUACCAGCUGUUCACCCAUUCCUGGGACUUGCUGUCGUUUGUUCUGAAUUCGUACAGCUGAAUGUCGAUGAACACUCCUCUGGGUUGAUUGGAGGGUUAUGGAGAUCACCUGAGAGCAGCUGGGUUCAUUCCCCUCUUGGCCAAUCAGGGUGUGACAACAGGUUUUUUCUGGGGUUUAAGAGAAGAGAGAAACUGCACACCCAGGUCGCUCUCAUGGUCUGUUCAGGCUCUUUAGACUCUUCUUUCCUGUCUUUUGCAUUUCUGGUUUGAGGGAACCGUAGAGGGAAUACUACAAAAAUAAACCUUUCAACCAAGUUUCCUGCAUUGGGUUGAUCUUAGUGCUAUUCAUGCGAUAGCCUCACAGCUGCAGGCUUUAUUCUGUUAAUUGUUGUACAUAUUGAAGAGACGUUUUUUCAUUAUUAUUGUACAGAAACUUGUGAGAUUGUUUCUUUAAGUGAAUAUUAUUUGUGUUUUUUUUAAAUGUUUUUAUGUAGUUGGCUUCUUACUGACCAGCUGUGGUCUGGAGUUUCUGUAUCGCUACACACUCAUAAAAAUAAAAAACAAAACAUUAAUACAUGAAAAAUGCUUCACAGUUCAACAUGUAGAACUUUUAACAUGUUUGUCCACUAGAUGGAGACAUUGAACCACAAACUGCAGGAGCGUUUCAUGGCCUGAUCUGGGCUGAAUAUAAGGAGUUAUUGCAGCUGUUGUUAUUACUAAUAUACUAUAUUAGUAAUACUAUAAUAAUGUAAUAUAUUAGUGAACUUGUUGGACACAACCUGAUGUGUCCACUGUGUUUGUGUUGA